CAAUACGCUCACAGUAUACAUAGUGCUCGACAAUGGCCAGGCGCGAUAAUUUGUGUCCGAUCGUUGAGAAGUGCGUCUUCCUGACGUUUCUCGUCGCUGUUCACGUAGCAGGACGAGAAAUCUGUGAUAAGACAAAGUGUCCCGGCCCUUUGAAAUACUACGAGUCGCUUGGCUGUACUCCUGUCUACGAGAAACCUGGCGACUGUUGCGCAACGGAAUACGACUGUGGUGUCUUGAAGGAUAUAAAAGAGGAUAAAUGCUACGCGAACGGCCAUGAGUACAAUAUCGGGGAAGCACUAAGGGAUGAGGACAGAAAUCCUUGCGAUAUAGGAUGCUCCUGUGGGUCAUAUGGUACACAAUCUCCCAGCUUUAUAUGUGCGGCUGUUGACUGUCCUUUUCUACCGCCGAAGGACAAUUGUUUCUACAGAUAUCAAAGUGGUCAAUGUUGCCCAGAACAUAUUUGUCUCGAGGACGGAAAAAAAAGGGCGACCUGUGAAGUUGACGGUCAUACUUACUUAGAUGGAGAAUACUUUAAGUCAAAAUCUGACCCAGAUUUAGAAUGUGCCUGCAUACCUGGAUUCAAAGGUGAAGAAGUCGAACCUUUCUGUAAGAAACCAAACCGUGAUUAUUGCUCUCCAUUGUUCCGCCAUGCUGAUGCUUUUGUUAAAAAGUGUGCACCUGUUUUCUACAACAAUCAAAGCCCACAAAAAGAUUGCAAUGUGUUUAGUAGAUGUCAAAAUGCGAAUGAUACUGUCAUUCCUAAAGAAGGCAGCACUAAGUCUGUCUCUGAAAAAGAAAAUAAGAUGUGUCAAUUCGGUAACAUGAUGAUGCACAUAGGUGACGAACUGAAACAAGGAACCGACUACGAUUCUACGUGUAUAAAAUGCGUAUGCGAAGUGCCACCUACUCCGACGUGUCAACGACUUCCCGAUGACGUAUGCGAUGUUACAUCUGGGCCAUUUAAUUAAUAUUACAAAAGUCUGUGAUACGUCGUUUGCAUAGGUUACUGAUUCUAGAGUCUCAUGUACCUCAAGUUAAGUAACUGUAAUCAUUUUUAACAAUUUCACAAAUGAAGCUUUCGUUGUUAAAGUAUCUCAGU